CAACUUAAGGGGUGGUGGUGGUUAUUGACAUAAAAACACACACCCACAUAAAAUAUAUUAUUACAGUGUUUAAUCGAACUUUAUCUUGUCUUGCAUAUCACAUUGCUCGGUACAUCUCAGCACAACAUGCUCAAACUGUUUGUGUUGGCCACAGUAGUGCUCUACUGUAACGGCUGCUUCUCUCCCGAUAUAGAACCCACGGAUGAAGGAUGUCCUGAUAAGGAUGGAAAUAUCCACGAGUUUGACUCUGCCUGGGAGGAGGGCACUGACACCUGUGUAUGUAUCUCCACAGGGCCCGUCUGUUGCCAAAGCAUUCCUGAAGAUAUGGUGAACUUUGAGCAGAAUGACAAGAGUAUUGAUGACUCUGAAGCAUUCAGUGACGAAAACACUUUAUGAUGCUGCUGCCGCCGCUGCCGUUGUAAGUUAUGAGGGAUCCUGAGGAUGAAAAAAUGAUUCUGGAGGGACGGAUUUCAUUUCUUUUGAUUACAUAAGUUUCCCAUUAAAUACAAUUUAAUAAAAAUAAUAUACAUGUAUGACCAUAUAUUGUGUUUUUGUGAAAAUACCAUAUAAUACAUCAAACAAUACAUAUAUUAAACAUAAACAUGAAUGUAAAUAAUUUGAUAUUACAGAUUAUUAAAUUGAUUAUCUGUUCUUGCACCAAUCAGAGAAAAUAAAAUGUCAGCAAUGCACAUUUGUGUUUGUUUGUGCCUUUAUGAAAAAUAACUCUGUUAGACCCUUAUAUUGUUGCAAUGUACCUAUAAAAAGGAUUUAAAUUUUAAAAUGAUUAUAAUUUACCAACCCUUUUGGCAUCCUGGGUGUAAAUGACUUAAUUUCUCUAUGCGAACACAAUCUGAGUCAUAUUAAAUAAUACCAUCCUGGCUAUUCCCAGCAUGGUUGUGUUUCGUCAUAGCCCAUCCCGCGAAACAGUGAUUUUGUUAGUCAUUGAUGUGGAGCAGGUGUUUAGGGUCAUUUCCAUUUUUGGGUGACCUAUUCCUUUAAGAGGACAAUGCAAUACACCUUUUCUGCCACACAUGGGCAGUAAAAACAGUGAUUCACACACACAACACCGUUAUACAGCAGAAUAAAGCCCAGCAGAACAUUUACUACAGAGACAGCACAUUGCAAAGAUGUGGAUUUAGAAGAACAAAACAGAAAAGAAAAAAAUGAAAACAGACAGAUAGACGUAUGCAUGUUGAUCCUGAACACCUAAACCUUUCCCUGCGUGGCUAAACAAUUUGCAGAAGACACAGUCCCAAGAUGCUUCGCCGUCCGUGGCUACCCUGAGGAGGUCGAUGCCGUCGGCUCUGUUUGACAUGUCGUGGUGGCAGGCGCUCUUAAACUCAACCCUCAGCCUCAAUCAAAGCAACAGCAGCUUGUUCCUGUAUGACGCCCCCUGCUGGCAAUCGGGAACCAUGACGCUUACUAUAGUGCUGUGCUACUGUCUGGUGCUGAUUUUGGGGUUGCUUGGUAACAUCCUCCUCAUUUGUAUCAUUACACACCAGCGGGAGCCUCCUAAUGUCACCAGCAUCCUUAUUGCCAACCUCUCUGCUUCUGACAUAUUGGUGUGCGUGUUCUGCCUUCCGUUUACUGUUGUUUACACGCUAAUGGAUCAUUGGAUAUUUGGUGCGCUGCUAUGUCGCCUGAUGCCGUUUGUGCAGUGUGUAUCGGUGACCGUUUCCGUUCUGUCUCUGGUUCUGAUCGCGCUCGAAAGGCACCAACUCAUCCUGCACCCAUCUGGCUGGAAGCCGAGCGUUCCGCAGGCGUACAUGGCUGUUGUGUCCGUGUGGCUGUUGGCCUUUGUGACGGCGUUGCCUUUGGUGGCGUUCUACUUGCUUAGCAGCGAGCCGUACAGUCUGCUUCCCGUGCCGCUCCGCCACCUACAGGCCUGCCUGGAAGUCUGGCCGUCUCAGCAGCACAAACUUCUCUACACCACCAGCAUGCUACUAUUUCAGUACUGUUGCCCACUGCUUCUCAUUCUACUCUGCUACCUCCGCGUCUUCCUGCGCCUGCGACGCAGACAGCGCAUGCUGCAGCGCCAGUGCAGCCGCAACCGCGGGGACGAACACAGGCGCAUCGUGCACAGCAAACGUAUAAACGUCAUGCUCGUCUCCCUGGUGGCAGCGUUUGCCGUGUGUUGGUUGCCGUUAAACGCCUUCAACGCAGUGGCGGACUGGCACCACGAAGCGCUUCCCGUGUGCCAUUAUGACCUUUUGUUUUCAUUCUGCCACCUGCUGGCCAUGAGCUCCACCUGCAUCAACCCCAUCAUCUAUGGCUUUCUCAACAGCAACUUCCGAAAGGAUGUGGCCUCCGUUUUGCUGCACUGCCACUGUCAGCCUCUGGAGGACAGCUACGAACACUUUCCGAUGUCAACAAUAAACACAGAUGUCUCACGGACAUCUAUUAGACUCAGCAGCUAUAGAAACAAUUCUGCGUAACUGAGGUUAAUAAGAUUGGCCACUGCCCGAUCCAAAAGCAAAAACAAUGCUCCGGUGAUUAUUUUAAGACAUUUGACGGGUUAGGUGUGCGAAUACACAACAACUUUGCAUAUUGUAGAGGUUACAAAAACAUUUUACUCUGCCAAUUCUGCAAAAAAAAAAACUAUAUAUGGGUGAUUCUCGCGAAAUUAGACUUAUGAGGUGUCAUGAAACAUUUUGAUAAAAAAGUAAAUGCUAUCAAAAUAAGAAGUAUACAGUUACAAACAUCUCUUCACGUACUAUUUUGCACAUGAUUUCAAAUGACAUCAUACAAACCAAUUUUGUUGUUUUUUCCACAUUUAAGGGGAAAAUUUUCAUUACCGCAACGUGUCCAUGACUGAAUUUGGGUUCUUUGAUAUGGAAAAUUUAUAAUUAAAAAAUAUAAAAAAUAAAAAGCUUCAGUGCAUGUUAUACUAUAAACAUUUACAGUAAAGAAACAUUUGGUGAUC